AUGGCGAACGGGCCUAGGCGGCAUGAACGCUACAAUGCCAAGGCACGCCAAUCGAGUGUAGGAGGUUCGUCGCAUAAAGGAAAGAAGUCCUUGCGGGAGCGCGCGUCUAUCGAGGCUGAUGCCAAUGCGCAGGUCAUGGAUGAUGCUACGCGGACGGCCCUCGCUGAACAAGAUCGACAGCGCCGCGCUCUCCUACGUGAAGGAGGUAACGAUGAUACCAUGAAACUAUCGACCAAGAAGAAGCGUCGUCUAGAUAAGUUUAUCGAGGCCAAGUUGCGCAAAGAAGAAAAGGCUCGAAUCCUGCAAAAGCUUGCCAAGUCCUCUGCAGAGAUCACAGAUCGCACAGAACUAGUCAGUGCUGCGACGCUAGGUACUGGUCGCAUAGCCAAAGAGUCUGAACGUGUACAAAAGCUAUUGGAGAGCCAGGAGCAAGGCCACAAACGCAAACGAGCCGCUGCUUUCCAAAUUGACGAGGACGAAGAAGAUGCGGAUCUCGACGCCAUCGACGAUGAGUCAGACCACGAAAGCGAGCAGGAACUCGAUCGUGAGCAUAUAUCGGCCGACCAGGAUGAACGACAGCAGCGCAUUUUGGAGGCUGUGAAAAAGUUCGAACAAAAAGAGUCUUCACCGCUCUCCGCCAAGCCAAACGACGUGGGAUCGGCCUUGGUGCCACCAAAAGUGGGCUCAGCCUUGGCUACUGGCGCUGAUGGCAAGCCUGUGAUGCCCGUUAUGCGAAAACGGCAGAGGCAAGGAAAAGUACAGGACCGAAGCAACUUAUCCAUCAUGGAACGCGUGCUGCGUGGCAAGCAUGAAAAGGCGCCAGCAAACGAUACCGAUAGCAGCUUCGACUCUGAUGAGUCUAGUGAUGAGGCACAGAGCGAGGUAGACGCGCCUGAUGGUGCUGUGGUCUACGAUGUCGAUAAGGCCCUUGCUGCUAAGAAGGCCCAGGCGCCCGUAUAUGAUAGCGAUUCGGUGGAUACGGAGGACCUUGAAAGUGAGGAGCCAGACACCGAUGCCGACGAAGAAGCUGUUCUGUUAGAAGCUAUGCGACGACGGGGCCUCUUGCCUGAGGAUGCCGAUGCCAUUCCUGAAGAUUUCGCACUCCAACUUGCACGGCCUAAGAAAGGUGAAGAUAAUAAUGGACAUGUGCUCGAGCCCGUUGGCGGUCGCGUUGAUCGCGUUCGUGAUCUGGGGCCACAGGAUGGCAAGAUUCGUGGUCCAUUGGGCCGUGAGGCAGCUGUGAUCAAGUCACCGUUCACACAAAAGUAUCUCGAGGAGGAGACGGUUUUCCAGGCGAUGGGCGACAGUGCUCCUCUUCGUCAUGUACAGGUGAAACGGCCCUCAGAGAUGCAAGAGGCGCGUAUGAAACUGCCUGUGGUCGCCGAGGAAGACGAGAUUUUGCGCAAGAUCCUGGAAAAUCCUGUCACUGUGUUAUGUGGUGAAACAGGUAGCGGCAAAACUACGCAGGUUCCUCAGUUCCUGUAUGAGGCCGGGUUUGGUACCGCAGGAAGUGCGAAUCCUGGUAUGAUUGGUAUUACGCAACCACGUCGUGUUGCUGCGGUGAGUAUGGCCCGCCGUGUGGCCGAGGAGCUGCAAGUGCCUGAAAAUCGUGUCUCGUACCAAAUUCGAUACGACGCAACGACGAGUCCGCAUACGCAGCUCAAAUUCAUGACUGAUGGUGUUCUGCUGCGUGAAUUAGCUCAGGAUCUUACCCUGUCCAAAUACAGCGUUAUCAUUGUGGAUGAGGCGCAUGAACGCAGCGUCAACACUGACGUACUGAUUGGCAUGCUUAGCCGCGUUGUCCGGAUGCGUGCAAAGCGCUGGAUGGAGAGCAAAGCAGAUGGGUUGAAUGCCCCGCGUCCCUUGCGUCUCGUGAUUAUGAGUGCAACUAUGCGUGUCGGCGACUUUACACAAAAUACGGUCUUAUUUUCUACGCCGCCACCUGUGGUCCAAAUCGACGUUCGUCAGCACCCUGUUACGAUCCACUUUAAUCGACGUACCGUCCAGGACUAUGUGACCGAGGCCAUCAAGAAGACCAGUAAAAUUCAUACGCGUCUCCCACCUGGUGGCAUUUUGAUUUUUGUCACUGGCCAGCAAGAAGUACAGACGGUGUGCCGCAAGCUACAGCAGCGAUACGGUCCUCGAGCCCUGGCGGCCAAAGCUGAAGCUGCGUCGUACGAAGCCGUGUCUGCGCGGAUCGCCAACGUCGAGGCUGAGGAAAUGGAUCUAGGUACGGCUGAUGCGCCGCGUGUGGACGACGUGGAUGAGGAUCGUACAGUGCUAGAGGAUGAAGAGGCGUUGGAUACAGACGACGAAGAGGAGGAAGAGGCUGAGGCCUUGCACUUACCUCCCUCUGAUGAGCCCAUGCACAUCUUGCCCAUGUACUCUUUACUUCCAGCCCAUGAACAGCAGCGUGUGUUUGAGCCGCCGCCAGAAGGAUCACGGCUAGUCGUUGUAGCGACCAACGUUGCCGAGACGUCUAUUACGAUUCCCCAUAUCAAGUAUGUGGUCGAUGCUGGCCGAGCGAAAGAGCGCCGAAUUGAUCCACGAAGCCAAGUCCAGUCGUAUGAUAUUGCAUGGAUCAGCAAAGCCAGUGCAUCUCAGCGUGCAGGACGUGCAGGACGUACUGGUCCUGGUCAUUGUUACCGACUGUACUCCUCGGCUGUGUACGAAGAGCACUUUGUCGAGUUUGGCGUUCCCGAAAUUCUACGCACACCUGUUGAUGGCCUUGUGCUCCAGAUGAAGGCGAUGAAUAUUGAUCAGGUGGCACACUUUCCCUUCCCUACACCGCCAGAUCGUGAGGCUCUGGCUCGUGCUGAGAGAAUGCUGCUGCAUCUGGGUGCGUUGGAGAAUGUGGAUGUGCGUACGCAAGGCACUCGCGCUCAGCAUGCAUCGAUUACGAGCCUGGGUCGUGUGAUGGCCCUGUUCCCUGUCGCCCCACGCUAUGCGAAGCUUCUGGCGCAAGGUCAUCAGCACAGCUGUUUACCAUAUGCUGUUGCGCUAGUCGCAGCGAUGAGUGUGGGCGAUAUCUUUGAGCGGGAAGAUAUGCUGACUGCCCAAGCAGCGAUGGAGAUCGAUGCGGAUGCCGAUCCUGCGGCGACCAAGGAAGCUCGGCGCACUGCGCGUGCUGCGUAUUUCCGUGCGCUUCGUGUGUUUGAUGCGAUCGGGGAAGGACUCAGUGAUGCGUUCCGCUUGCUUAGUGUUGUGGGUGCGUACAGUCAUGAUGCUGCGCGGGGAGUCUCCGUUUCUUUCUGCCGUGAGCACUUUGUUCGGGUAAAGGCCAUGGAAGAAAUCCAUAAGUUGCGUGCCCAGCUCAGCAACUUGGUCCUCGCCAACCUGACAGGCCUGAGUGAUAUGGAUGCGACACAGCUGCGUGAUCCAAGUCUACCACCACCCAACACGACUCAAUGCAAAGUGUUACGUCAGCUGCUCACGGCCAUUUACAUUGAUCGAGUCGCUGUCCGGGCUGACCUGGUGGAUGCGCCGGAAGCUGCGUUGGCCCCCGCACGCGCCGGCUCAAAAAUGGCCAGCACUCGGCGCGUUCCCUACGUAGCUCUGGGCGUGCCGGGGGCUGCGUAUAUCCACGUCAGCUCGUCAUUCUACCAUCGUCCUCCGCCCGAAUGGAUUGUGUUUGGCGAAGUACAUCAAAGUGCGCCGAAGCAUGCGGUGAUCGGCGAUGAGGAGCUGGAGGGUGGCGAGUCCGCAGCGCCUCCCACACAAUGGCUCAAAAUGGUCACCAAAAUCAAUCCUGCAUGGCUGCCUACGUUGGGACGUACACUCUGCACGUUUUCUCAGCCUUCUGAUGCACCGGAUGCAACCGCUUUGGCAUCGUCGAUGCAGGCCUUGAAGCGCGGUGGUACGUUGCCCGCUGUGGAACGCACCGUUCUGCUCACACCGCGAUACGGAGGCGCUAUGCAGGAUGGCGCUGCAGGUGGUGGGUUGGGAUGGGAGCUCCCGCCUAUCCAGGCCAAGCAAGUGCUUGUGAAUGGACGAUGGACGACCAAAAUGUAG